UAUAAUUCUGAUACAGCAAGGUGGGAUAUGGUUGCUGCUAUUGCUGCCACAGUUGAGGAAGACUUGCUUCAGAAAAUGAAGUCUUCACCAUUUCUAACAAUACUAGCAGACGAGAGCACUGAUGUAACAGUAACAAAAAAGUUAGUUAUAUGUGUCAGACUUUUAGAUGAUAACUUUUUUCCUUCUACCCACUUUGUAGCCGACAUAAAUGUCACAGAUGGCAAGGGUGCCACAGUUGCAGUAGCUAUCAAAGACUAUCUUAAAUCAAAGGAGAUCCCCCUUAGUAAGAUAUAUGGUUUUGGUUCUGAUGGUGCAGCGAGCAUGACCAGCAUGGGAAAUGGAGUUGCAGGCAGACUGCUUGCUGAAAAUCCUGCGAUGGUUCACAUACACUGUAUUGCCCACAGAUUGGCUUUAUGUACUAGCCAGGCAGCAAAUGCUAUAGACUAUAUGAAGGACUAUCAAUCAACUAUUACCAGUAUAUUUUAUUACUUUAAAGCAUCAUCUGUCAGGGUAAACAGAAUCACAGCUAUUCAGGAGCUGCUGGAUGAACCUAUUUUAAAGUGCAAUGAAGUCCAUGAGGUUCGAUGGUUGCCCUACUACAAAGCAAUAGAAACAAUCUACAGGACUUAUGGGUCAUUAGUGUCCUAUAUGUCUGAAAUGGGGGCAAGUGAUGCCAAGGCAAAAGGUUUUGCAAAGAAACUUUCACAAUUCAGUUUUGUUUUUGUCACCCAUAUGCUUUUGUCCAUCCUCAGCAUUGUCACAGAGCUAUGUUUACUCUUCCAAAAGAAAGAUCUUGACCCAGCCUUGGUGGAUGUUAAUGUGAAGCAUGCAUUGAGAGAACUGCAAAAGCACAGGGACCAUGACACAAGUAGUGAAGGGUUGACUGGUAAACCUGGCAGCUACAUCGAGGAAUUUCUCCUGAAGGUGGGAACAGGUCAACGUAAAUUCUUCAGGGACCACCUUCUGACUUGUUGUGCUAAUUAUGAAAAACAAUGCAAGGCAAUUCAGUGUCAAUUUAUUGACAAUCUCAUUAACAACAUAAAUGCCAGAUUUCCCCAGGAUCACUUGGAUAUGGUAACAGCAUUUGGGUAUUUGAGCAUUAGACCACUAAGCUUUUUGUCUGAGUCAGAAAGAGAAAAUUGGGGUGAAGUCCCUAUACAGAAACUUGCUAGCCAUUAUGGUAACAUUGUUGAACAUCAUGGGUCCAAAUCAGUGCCAAUAAUAAUUGAAAAACAAGGUAUGAGUGAAUGGUCUAAACUCAAAGAAUUGGUUUUCAGAAUGGGGUAUGCGAGAGAUGCCACCUACAACCUGUGGAGCAUUAUCAAAACACACCAUAGUGAAGACUUUCCCAAUUUGUUGAAGCUGGCUGCAAUCUCCCUCAUCCUUCCGAUACACACGUCAGAUUGUGAGAGAACAUUCAGUUCUCAAUACUACAUCAAAAACCACAGAAGGAACAGACUGUCUGAAACAAGACUUCAGCAGUGCUUGCUCAUUAUGAUAGAAGGAAAGGCAAUUGGGGACUUUGACUUUAAGAGUGCCUUAGAUAUUUUGAAAAAGGAAAAGAAACGUAGAAUUUACAACAAGCAGUGA